CUUUGAUGUCUUUGAUCUCGGACGGUCAAUGUAUAUUAAUUGACUGAUCUUCAAACAAACCGAUUUGCAGGUCAGUUGUGUUUAUAAAUACAAACACCUAUUUUGUCCCCACGGAGACAAACUUGUGUGUUAUAACAGUUUGAUAACAGCGGCUGUGGACGAGCAUUAACGUGGAGGAGAUACAACUUCCUGGACGGAGAUGAGGCACGACACCGGAAACACUCUGAGCUGAGUGUGUGUGUGUGUGUGUUUCCUCUUGGAAUCUACACGUCCUGGAACACAGUGCACACACUCACGGACUUGUAGUGAACGUGUACUGGUAGUACUGGUGUCGUGUUGUGUGUAGACACCGUCAGAAAGACACAGUUUCAUUCCGCUUCGUCCUUCAAGCUGAAUACCCGGCUGUUUGGGCUAGCUAGCUUGCUAGGCUAACAGACUCACACGGGGGUCCUGUCCGGGGACACCAGGGUCCUGUCCGGGGACACCAGGGUUCUGUCCGGGGACACCAUGUCCUUCCAGCCGCUGGGGAAGACGCUGCUGAGGAACGUGAUCCGUCACACGGACGCUCACAACAAGAUCCAAGAGGAAUCGGAGAUGUGGAAAAUGCGAGGCUGGCAGGUCCAGAGGCCCGACCCCAAACAAUCAUCAGACACCGUGUGUGUGAGGGGCCAGAUGCACUGUGACCGAGGGGCAGAUCAAACCGGAGACCUGAGGCGCAGCAGAGAGCGAGUCUCGGAACACGACGACAGAGAGGCUCGAUACUGGACACGCAAACUGUACGAGUUUGAGGCCAAAGAUCCCGACAGAUGGGGACACAGUGGCUUCAAGGAGCUGUAUCCUGAGGAGUUUAAAAGAGACAGAUCUACAAAGAAGCACAAAAGGAAAAAGUCCAAGUCUGACACAGAGGGAAGCUUAUCGAGACACUCCAAGAAAUCCUCUCGCAAGACGAAAAAGAAGAAGAAGAAAAAAGACGACGACUCGGGGCCAAAGAAAGUCAAGUGUUCGAGCAGCGGCGACAGCAGCGGCGACAGCAGCAGCAACAAAGACAAGCAGGCGAGGAAGAGGAGCAAGAGUCGACACAAAGACAAGAAGAGUGCGAAAAGCAGAGGGAAGGACGAUGACAGCAGCUCGGGGGGCAGUGAUGAUGGAGAGCGAAAGAGACGGACCCACAGUCGCAAAAAGCGAAAACAGGACUUCCACAAAGACUCGGAGUCGGGUCUGAAUUUAACAAAGAAGAGAAAAAACUGGAAAGCGGCAGGUGAGGGGAGCUCGGCUGAUAGUUCGGCUGACUGAGAUUCACAGAAGGUGGACAGACGCAGCUCAGGUAACGAGCAGGAAAACGACAGCGGAUUCUUCUGCUCGUCUUAACAGCACAGAGGGCUUCUCUCUGCAGGGCCGCUCUGUAUUGUACUUUGUUAGACUUCAACAAACCUUGUGCUGUCAGCCCUCUCCCAGGGUGUUCGCUGUAGCAAUAUCUCAUCACCGCUGCAGUGGCUUGAAGCACAGGCAGCGUGAGGAGAGAUGGGGGGGGGGGUGUUUCCACCACCUGCCUGAUGAAGAACGCUGCUGGCUGCAGGCUCAUUGAUUUAUCACCAUGUCUCUGCUCAGUCCGUCUCACGUGAAGAGCUUCUGUCCUGAAAUGACCACCGUGGUUUUUUUAAUGUAAAAAGUGAAAGAGUUACAAUCAUGCAACUUUUCUUACCAAUAAUGAUAGAAUGUGUAUUUUGUUUUAUGAAUAUUUUCACUUAAAUUUUAAUACUUUUAUCAAGUGCAUUAUC